AUGGAGGACACCCAGCAGCUAAGAAGCUCUUUGAAUUCCCGUCGAAGAGUUCUACUGUCGUCGUUGGAACGAUCGAGGAAUUUUAUGGACCAGUUCAUCGAGGAACGGGACAUGCUUGAGGUCGCCGUCAGAUUAGAAAAUCUGAACAGGAUUUGGCAAGGGCUGGAAGAAGUUCAAUCGAAGAUUGAAGAAAUGGAGGAAACAGAAGAAGAAAUGGGUCUGAAACUGCCUACGAUUUCAUUGCCAGAAUUUGCUGGUGACUAUAAAGAUUGGUUAGCCUUCCACGAUACAUUCCUUGCGUUGAUCCAUACUAAUCCUGAGGUAGCUGAAAUACAAAAAUUUCAUUAUUUGCGGGCUGCUGUAAAAGGCGAGGCGGCUCAGUUGAUUGAGUCGAUUAGUAUAAGUGCUGCGAAUUAUCCACUCGCCUGGGAAGCGCUUGUGAAGCGAUACGCUAAUGAGUAUUUACUCAAAAAGCGUCACCUUCAAGCUUUAUUUGACGGUUCCCGUAUGAAGAAGGAAUCUGCUUCAAUUUUACAUGAUACUGUGGACAAUUUUGAAAGACACGUUAGAAUUUUGGGGCAAUUGGGUGAGCCAACUGACUCGUGGAGUGCUAUACUGGAGCAUCUUUUAUGUACGCGCCUCCAUGAUGAGACAUUGAAAGCGUGGGAGGAUCACGCUUCUACAUUAGAAAAACCAACCUACCAAUGUUUGAUUGAUUUUCUCCAACGUCGCAUGCGUGUACUGGAAUCAAUAUCCGUCAACAACCAACAUUCACCGAAAGUUUCCGCCAGUUAUGAUCCGCUUCCAAAAUCGUCCACCCACACUAGAGUAUUUUCCAAUGCUGCCGUUGAUGAAGUUCCGAUGAAGUGUUAUGCCUGCGAUCAACGUCAUCCUCUUGUGAAGUGCUAUAAAUUUGCACGAAUGUCCACCGUUGACAAAUUGAAGUUAGUGAACUCCAAACGCAUCUGCAUUAACUGUUUCCGUACCAAUCAUUUUGCAAGACAAUGCACGUCCAAUUUUAGUUGCCGAAUUUGCAAGAAACGUCACCACACGCUUCUGCACCCUGCUUUCACUGAAGAUUCCAACGAUCAGAUUCCGUCCACUUCCAAAAGUGUUCCCAGAUCAUAUGCUCAAACGAACGUCACAACCUCCGAUGAGAAUGCAAUUCUCUCAGCCACUGCUGCAACGAAUAAUUCCGCUGAAGUACGCAGCUUUCCUCCGCAUGCCAGUAGUAGAAACAUUUUUAUGUUGACUGUAGUACUUGUUAUCGUCGAUCGCUAUGGAAAAGAGCAUCUAGCACGCGCAUUGCUUGAUUCAGCGUCCCAACCAAACAUCCUUUCUGAAAGAAUGGCCCAAAUUUUACGACUGAAGCGGAAGAAGGUGAACGUAAUGAUCCACGGCGUGGGCGAUAAGCCACAGCAAGCACGUGAUUCUGUUUCCACGCAAAUACGAUCUCGAAAAGAGAAUUUCGAGUUAGACGUAGAUUUCCUCAUACUGGAAAAAGUGACGUCCAGUUUACCCACCAAAAAUGUUUCCAUAACAAAUUGGAACAUUCCGAAAAAUCUAUUCCUCGCUGAUCCUACUUUCCACAAAUGCUCAGCAAUAGACAUGAUAAUUGGAAACGAACAUUUCUUUUCUUGUUUUAAGACCGCUACAAAGAUUCAGCUUUCGAAAUCCCUUCCAUUGCUUGUCGAAAGUGUCUUUGGUUGGAUAGUCUCAGGUAGUGCGGACAUUCCCGGAUCUGCUGACGAAAUUCCACCUUCCACAACAGCGGUGUCGCUUGUAUCUCUUGAGCAAAGCAUGGAGAGAUUUUGGGAAAUCGAGGAGUUGCCCAAGAAAUCCAUUUAUUCCAAAAAAGAGAACGAAUGCGAAAUACAAUACUCAGCUACUGUUUCCAGAAACCACUGUGGACGAUACAUAGUGCGCCUCCCUCGACAUUCCGACUUUGACGAUAAGAUUGGUGAAUCAAAAUCCGCUGCUAUACGACGACUGAAGUAUCUGGAAAAGAGAUUGUAUCAAAAUCCUGAGCUUAAACACGAAUACUGCAAAUUUAUGUAUGAAUACGUUUCACUGGGCCACAUGCGUCCAAUUUCCAAUGAAAAUUCCUCCAAAAACUGCUACCUUCCACACCAUCCUGCGAUCAAGGAUUCCAGUACUACUACGAAGACGAGAGUAGUCUUCGAUGGUUCCGCUAAAACCUCAAGUGGAUAUUCUCUAAACGAGGCGCUACUAGUAGGUCCAAUUGUACAAGAUGACCUCCUAUCCAUAAUACUACGAUUCCGUACAUUCCCUAUCGGUAUAGUGGCCGACAUAGAGAAAAUGUAUCGUCAAGUACGAGUACACUACGCCGAUACUCCGUUCCAACGCAUACUUUGGCGUUUUGAAGAAAGCGAUCCCAUCCAAACAUUUGAACUCCAAACUGUGACCUAUGGUCUAACUCCAUCGUCGUUCCUUGCCACGCGAACGCUAAUCCAACUAGCUGAUGAUGAAGGUGCAAAUUAUCCGCUUGCUGAUAAAGCUAUCAGAAAGGGUUUCUAUGUCGACGACUUCAUUGGCGGAGCUCAGUCGAUAGAAGAAGCAACCCAAUUGAGAAGUGAACUUGAUGAACUAUUGGCUAAAGGAGGAUUCAAUCCCCGCAAAUGGACAUCCAAUAUUCUCGAUGUACUGAAUGGCUUGUCGGAGGACCAAAUCGGCAUACAAUCAUCCGUACGAUUCGACAAAGAUGAGACCGUUAAAACAUUGGGAAUCUGCUGGGAACCAGAAAGCGACAUUUUUAGAUGCGAUGCACAUAACCAACACAACGUAGGAAUACACACCAAACGAUCCAUCCUCUCCGAAAUUUCCCGCCUGUACGAUCCUUUGGGAUUUAUUUCGCCAAUAGUCAUCCGUGGUAAAAUUAUUAUGCAACUUCUUUGGUUGGAAUGCUCUGGGUGGGACGAAGAAGUACCGAAUCAGAUAGCAGCAGCGUGGGAAAAGUACGCCGAACAACUGCCCAAGCUGGCUGAAUUCCAGAUAAACCGCUAUGCUUUCCUUCCAAAUAGCUCCAUCCAGCUACACACCUUUGCGGAUGCUUCCGAAGCAGCUUACGGUGCGUGUACAUACGCACGUUCGAUUGAUCCCAAGGGGAGAAUCUCAGUUCAGCUCCUCGCCUCCAAGUCACGUGUGGCACCCCUCAAACGUGUUAGCCUUCCUCGUCUAGAAUUGUGCGCUGCCAGCCUGGCCGCCAAACUCCAUAGAAAAAUUGUCGAAGCUCUGCAAAUAAAAAUAUCCUCAUCAUGCUUUUGGUCAGAUUCAACCGUAACAUUACAAUGGAUCAAAUCACCUCCUAACAAUUGGAAAACCUUCGUGGCCAACCGUGUAUCCGACAUCCAAUCAGCUACACACGGUUCCACUUGGAAACAUGUCCCUGGAAAGCAAAAUCCGGCAGAUAUGGUAUCACGUGGAAUGAACAUUGAAGACUUCCUCGCCAGCCACACGUGGACACAUGGUCCUGAAUGGCUUUCCAAGCCCGAAGCAUUUUGGCCCUCCACCCAAAUCAGCGAAUAUCCAGACGACGGAAAAGAGCGCCGAAGAGUUAUCACAGUAGCAGCAAGACACUAUCACCUCAAACUCAUUCACGGUGGCGGCCGUCACACGCUAUCUGUGAUCCGAGAACGGUAUUGGCCCAUCAAUGGACGACGAUUAAUUCGAAGCGUGAUUCGAAAUUGUUUUCGCUGCGCCCGAGCCAGUCCCGUUCCCGCGAACCAACAAAUUGGUCAGCUACCAGUAUCCCGAACCACACCGAGCAGACCAUUCACCGUAACUGGAGUGGACUACGCAGGUCCUGUAUACCUGAAACCCGUACAUCGAAAGGCAGCCGCAACCAAAGCAUACAUCUGCAUAUUUAUAUGCUUCAGCACUAAAGCGGUCCACAUCGAACUAGCUAGCGACCUAUCCACGCAAGCUUUCCUGGCAGUACUAAGACGCUUCAUCGCACGCAGAGGACGACCCCGAGAAUUGUUUUCGGAUAACGGAAAGAAUUUCGUCGGAGCUCAUAAUGAGCUCAUGGAACUGUACAUAAUGUUAACAACACAGCGAGAAAACAACAACAUUCAAUCAUUCUGCGCCAACGAAGGAAUCAUAUGGCACUUCAGUCCGCCGAGAGCACCCCACUUCGGUGGCCUAUGGGAGGCCGCAGUUAAGGUGGCCAAGAAACACCUGCACCGUCAACUGUUGAACGCCCGACUCUCCUUCGAAGACCUCAGCACAAUCCUCACGCAGAUUGAAGCCUCGAUGAAUUCUCGCCCACUCGUACCGCUUUCGGAAGAUCCAAAUGACCUGGCCUGUCUGACACCCGGUCAUUUCCUCAUCGGCUCAUCGAUGCAGUCAUUGCCUGAAAUCGACGUUAGAAAUAUUCAGUUAAAUAAAUUGGAUCACUAUCAGGCACUACAACGUACUUAUCAACAGUUCUGGCAUCACUGGAGCACAGAAUACCUGCAGGAAUUGCAGCGAUGCACCACCCACAACCGUCCAAACCACGAAUUUCACCCAGGUCGACUUGUUGUUCUCGUCGAUGAAAUGCAGCAUCCUGUAAAAUGGUCGUUAGCAAGAAUAUUAGACAUCCACCCAGGGAAGGAUAAAUUUAUCAGAGUACUUACCUUGAAGACAUGUAAUGGAAUCAUCAAGCGUCCUAUCACCAAAAUAUGUUUGCUGCCACAUGAAGAUAGCAGCAAUCCAUCGUAG